GGGCGGGUCCAUGCGGGCACCCGCGGGAGAGGAGCGAGUAGGCGCGGGGGAGGCGGGGCCUGCGGCAGGAGAGGGCGCGGGCGGGCGCUGGCGCGCAGCCUGGGCACCGCCAAUGGGAACCGGGGCUCGGCGAGCUGCCGCCCACGGGCCCCCGCGCAGCAUAAAGAGCCGCAGCCGCCGGCUCCAGCGCAGUGCUGAGGCGACCAGUCCUCCUGCAACUGCAGUCUCUGGGCCUCACCAGCUUCAGCACCGGCGCGCCUGCCACUCUUGCCGAGUUCCGCGCAUCACCGCGCACCUGCCACUGCCGCUCCGCGCCUGCCGCUGCCGCCUCGGCUGCCUUCCCGCUUCCGCCCCAGAGGAGUUCGCAGCCUGUCUGGACCCGCUGCACCUGCGAGCAGAUGGAGCUGGACCAUAGGACGACCGGUGGCCUCCACGCCUACCCUGCCCAGCGGGGCGGGCCGGCAGCCAAGCCCAAUGUGAUCCUGCAGAUCGGUAAGUGCCGAGCCGAGAUGCUGGAGCAUGUGCGGAGGACCCACCGGCACCUGCUGACCGAAGUGUCCAAGCAGGUGGAGCGAGAGCUGAAAGGGUUGCACAGGUCGGUGGGCAAGCUGGAGAACAACUUGGACGGCUAUGUGCCCACCGGUGACUCACAGCGCUGGAAGAAGUCCAUCAAGGCCUGUCUCUGCCGCUGCCAGGAGACCAUCGCCAACCUGGAGCGCUGGGUCAAGCGUGAGAUGCACGUGUGGCGGGAGGUCUUCUAUCGCCUGGAGAGGUGGGCCGACCGCCUGGAGUCCAUGGGCGGCAAGUACCCGGUGGGCAGCGAGCCGGCUCGCCACACUGUCUCUGUAGGUGUGGGGGGUCCAGAGCCCUACUGCCAGGAAGCUGAUGGCUAUGACUACACUGUCAGCCCCUAUGCCAUCACUCCACCACCUGCUGCCGGAGAGCUGCCUGAUCAGGAAUCAGUGGAGGCCCAGCAAUACCAAUCUUGGGGGUCAGGUGAGGAUGGGCAACCAAGCCCUGGUGUGGAUACCCAGAUCUUCGAGGACCCACGGGAGUUCCUGAGCCACCUGGAAGAGUACCUGCGGCAGGUGGGUGGCUCUGAAGAAUAUUGGCUGUCCCAGAUCCAGAACCACAUGAACGGGCCAGCCAAGAAGUGGUGGGAGUUCAAGCAGGGCUCGGUGAAGAACUGGGUGGAGUUCAAGAAGGAGUUUCUGCAGUACAGUGAGGGCACGCUCUCCCGUGAAGCCAUCCAGCGGGAGCUCGACCUGCCACAGAAGCAGGGUGAGCCACUGGACCAGUUCCUCUGGCGCAAGCGGGACCUGUACCAAACACUGUAUGUGGACGCUGAGGAGGAGGAGAUCAUCCAAUAUGUGGUGGGCACCCUGCAGCCCAAGCUCAAGCGAUUUUUGCGCCACCCACUGCCUAAGACUCUGGAGCAGCUCAUCCAGAGGGGCAUGGAAGUGCAGGACGGCCUGGAGCAGGCAGCUGAGCCUUCUGGAACCCCACUGCCCACAGAAGAUGAGACCGAGGCCCUCACACCUGCCCUUACCAGCGAGUCAGUAGCCAGUGACAGGACCCAGCCUGAAUAGAUGGAUCAGACCAGGGUCCCCAGCCUGCCUGCCACAACCAGCCUGUGGCCUUUGCCAACUAGGACUUGAGCUGGGGCUGACUCCCAAAGCGGUGCCCUGUUCAGCCUGGCAUCUACUCACCCCCUGGCCUGACUCACAGACAACUGCCACACAACCAUGCUACAUGGACUGAACAUGAAGAAGCCCCUCUCCCACAGGGCUCCCACCCGUCACCUGCCCUGGCCCUGGCCCGAGUCCCGUUGGCCUUACCCUCCACAUUCUCAGACCAUCAUAGAACACCUUUGAAUUCUUCAUUCUGCUCCAGUGCCUGGGCCCUUUGGGGCAGUAGGCACCACACCACAGAGCACCCCAGGGCAGAAGCGAGAGCAGAAUCAAUGCCGAGAGAAUCUCAACCCCAGGGAUACAGCCCGCUCCUACAGACACAGCAGAUCCAGCUGGUACCCUAGCUGCCUCCCAGGGCAACUGACCAACCUUGGUCAGCAUAGCUCCCCUCCUAGGGGUGAGCUAAAGCCACAGUGCAGCUGAAGCAGCAGACCUGACAUCAUGGCACCUCCUGGCCUCUAGCAGUGAAUCAUACCAGCGAAGAAAAGCAGAGCUCAGCUCCAUGACUCAGCCGUGGCAGGCGGAGGGUCCCAGAGGGGCUGAGUCCUCACACCCAGCUGAGGCAGCAGCUGGCACCUUCAGAGCCAGGAGAAUGACAUCAGGUCUCAAGGCUGCUGAGAAGUCUUCCUCAUCAUGCCUGGAAUGGGCACCACCACAGCACCGGCACCGUCCCCUCCUCUCUCGAAGCUGUCUGCACAGAAGUUCCAAGACACUUGCAGAGCAGAGAAAACAUUACAGAGAGGAGACGCCUGGCAGAGGGCAGCACCCUAACUCAGCCUGAGCUGGAGAUGAAGAUAGGCCAGCGUGAAGCCAGGGUCUGCCAUGACGCCCACCCCGCUGGCUACUAGCUGCCCGCCAUGAGCCACUGCAGCUUGAGUAGGGUCUGUGCUCCUCGCCCUCUUUGCACAGAACCCAGCUCGCUGUGUGGCCAUUGCCCCCCCCCUCGCCAGAACCCGGCAGGAGCCUUAAGGCUUGGGCCCCAGCCCAGCCUGCCCCUUCCUGCUGUGCCCUGCCUGCCGGUCCAAGCCCAGCCCAGUCCCAGGAGACCCCAGGCCUUGGCUCCUGGGCUGUUCCAGGCAUUCCCUGCCCUGACGUGCAGUGGCUCAGCUGAACCGCAUCCAGCUGCAGCACCACUGCCUCGUGCUGGCUGGUCGCUGCUGUGUCUGCGGUCUGAGUAGGCCUUGUUGAGGUUCCUCCGUCUUGACUGGUCCACUGGUGUCCUGGGACCAGUUCCACUGAUGCCUGACAGAUCCUAUGCCCCAUGCCCCUGCCAGUCCCCACAGCUUUAUUUUUGCACAUAAGCUACGACCCAUAUUCAUUUGGUUGGCACAGGGUGUAGGGAGGCCCUUGGGACUAGGGAGACCCUGAAGAUCUCAAGAGAGUGUGGCUAUCCCCUAUUCCCAUCAAGCCUUGAAAAUGCAGUCAGGCCAUCUGUCCAUACCAUCUUACCUCGAAGACAGAUUUUUAUAUAGAUAUAGAGAUACAGAUAUAUAUAUAUAUACACAUAUAUAA